AUGAUACAAUUUUUUCAAAAUACCGUUGUUAGGGCUGUUGGGAAUAUAGAUAAGAUCCCAAUGCAUCGAUUUGAUUGUGUACAGUUACAACACUUGAAUAAGUUUGUUAAAAACUACUCACUUCCUGAUGUCGUUGGUAUGGUUGUGAAUGAUGUUGGAGAUUCUAUCGAAAUAGAAGACCAAUGGGGGCAACGAGCCCAAUUUAAAAUUUGGAGCAACUGUUUUGCUGAAUAUUUCCAACAAAAAACCCAACUUGGUGAUUCUACUAAGCCUUUUGCUAUAGUUGUUACGUCUACCAUGGUAAAAGAAUUUUUAGGUAAAAUUAAUCUAAUCACUUCACCAUCAACCAAGAUAUAUAUAAAUCUUGAUGUUCCGGAGGUUCGUAAAUUGAAAGACAUAUGGAGUGAAAAAUUAGAAACUACAACUAUUGGACAACUUGAAGUACAGCGUACUGGUGUGACACCAGAAGAAAUUAUCUCUAAAACAAUUGAUAUCUCUACUCUCAUCGAUCAUAUCCAAAAAACUGUUGAAAAGGAUUUAAUCUUCUAUUGUAAGACUAAAGUUACUAAAAUCAUGGGUGAAAAUAGCUGGUAUUAUAUCUCAUACCCGGGUUGUAAAAAACGCAUCACUCCAAGAUUAAAAGACUUUUAUUGCAUCACUUGCGAGAAAUCUAUUGAAAGGCCAAUACCAAGGUACCGUAUAGAACUUGGAGUUGAUGAUCACACUGGAUCAACAAUAUUUGUUUUAUUUGAUGAAGUAGCUAAGAAUUUAAUUGGACAAGACGCAAGUGCUCUUUUUGAGGCUCAUAUCUAUGAAAAGGCUAAUGAAAAAAAUGAUGAUAGCGACAAUGAGGAUGAUACACAAAUACCAAAACUGAUUGAAAAUAUCAUAGGGAGAUAA